CGCUAACCUCUACGAAAUUAUACAUUACUUAGACUCAAUUAAGUUAUAUUUCCUAUUUAAUCAAUUUUUAAAAGUUGUCAGCUCGUAGUGUUUAAUUCAUAUUUAUUUCAUCAUGGCUUUGAAAAAUUCCAAUCGGAAUUCUCUAUCAAAAUCAAUCCUGGAGAUGAAAUUUAUGAAGAGGACAAAAGAGAAGGUAGAAGAGCAAGCGUACCAAAAAGAGGGAGAAGAGUACUUUGGUAGAAAGGGAGUACCAAAACGUGCUGGGAAAUUCAUCAUUGAAGCAAGUUUUGCUUUCUGCGAAGAGUUGAUCGAUGGAAGGAUGAGCUUCCAAGGAGAAAAUCCCGAAAUCGAGAGGAUAAUGGAGCUGGAAGGCAUGAUGAAAAAUAUUAAGAAAGUUGACCAAGCCAAUGAAAUGGAUAUAUCGGAUGCUCAGAUGGCUAAGUUUUGGCAGACGACGCAUAAAAUAAAUGUCAGAAACAUUGGCGUUAAAUCUGAAAGGGAGGACAGUGCAGCGGAUGAGCCAAAAAGAAAAAGGCCGAAAUUUUUGAAGCCAGCUGACGACGACAUCUAG